AAAAUAAUAGGAGUGGUGUGGAUAGCAGAGGGUACGACUGUAAAUGUAUCUCAAUUGAAGGAAAGCUUCCUUAAACUCAUAUUUUUCAUCAUUCAUAUACAAUUGUGAGGAAACAAGUGUGUAUCCAGCAUCCAAAAGAAAAAAAAAGAGGCAUUAUGGACGAAAACUCCAGCAACCAGAACAAUUAUGAUGAUAGAAUUUUAUCUGGAAUGAGGAAAAUAACGUAUUGGGAAAUAUACGGUAUUAAACGUUUUCCGUACCGUGGAAGGCGUAGAUAUACACCAUUACUUUCCCAAUCUUCAGAUGGCGGUAUGAUUAUCUCUAAUGACGUUUUCGGACUGACAAUCAGACAGUUUGAACGAAUGUAUAAAGUUUGUUUGAAUAGAAGGAAAACACACGAACAGUGGAUACUGAACCUUAGAUAUCCUGACAAAUCUUCAAAUGAGUAUUUGGAAUACUUACAGAAUUGUACAGACUGCAAUAAAGAUCACUUGCUUUGGCUUGCAAAUGACACAAGGGAAAAAUUAUUAUACCAACACCUAGUAAAAACAGUUGGUACUGAAAUAGAUAUACGAAUAAGACAACGGCUAUUUAUCAUACAAGAUAUGAUCAGCAAUGCAUGUUCUAUGGUUCGCUCACAAAUAGCAAGUGGAAGUUUGGCAGAGGGACUUGAUUUACCAGGCAGUGACAUAGAUCGAAUGAACGUUAUCAGAAACAUGGACGUAAUACAGAAUGAAAAUAAUAUCAAACAACCAAUACAUCGUACAACACUUGUUAUGGAGUCAGACAUUGAUCAUCCUGGAUUUACUCGACUCAGAUUGAUAUCAAGAGGGUAUGGGAUAUCGCUCCAUGUACAAUGUCACUGUUGUCCAGGUCAAUGUACCGGUAAAAAGUUCUAUCUAUCAGUAAACCGCUUUCUUGAUAGUUAUAGGCAAUUGUAUAGGAAUGAGUCGGAUUUGUCAGUAGAUGUACACGGUCCAUGUAUAUCAGACCGAGAACAGACGGUAGAUCUUGCAUACUGUCUUCGGAGUAAAUAUCUACCUCACAACGCAAUUCCAUGGGCAUCUCGUAAUCGAUGGCAAUGGCCGCCUAAUUUCGUAAUUGACAGGAUAACAAAUUCCGGAUGUUUGUUAGUACCUAUUGGACCAAGACUAUAUUAGAUAGUGACGUUUUAUGGAGAUUGUCUUUCUCUGUGGCAGAAAAAAUACUUGUACAUUCGUUUAAUUUCACUCAACUCUUAUGUUACGGUCUUCUCAAAUUAACAUUAAAGAGUAUCGUUAACACGAAUAAUGAUGUCAAAGAGUUAUUGUGCUCUUACUUUCUGAAGACGGCUUUAUUCUGGGUCUCGGAGGAAGGGGAUAUUGACACAUUUCAAUUACCUACAUUGAGUUGUUGUUUUUUUCUCUGCCUUGAUAAAUUAAUAUCGUGGGUAAACAUCUGCUACUGUCCGAACUAUUUUAUACCUGAACACAAUAUGUUCCUAGGAAAGAUCAAUCAGAGUAACAAUACGAAACUAAUAAUUGUACUUAAGAGUAUAAAGUGUGGAGGGAUUGAUGGAUUGAUAAAGAAUUUAUUUUCGCUUGACAAUAAAAACAGCGGUUUAUUAAGUCCACAGAGUGAUUUUUCGUCCACUAAGUUAGACU